AUGCUUCGGAUACGAUCUAUCUGGCUCUUAACUGCUUUAUUGGCUCUUGGAUCUGCCAAGAGCAUUCCAGAUUAUAGAGAGGCUCGAUUACUGGGUAAUAUUCUUGGUGGAGGUGGCAAAGGAGGUCUUCUGGGAUUAGGCGGUACUGUUAAUGGUUUAACUGGAGGACUGCUUGGAGGAAACGCUAAUGGAGGAGGUCUUGUCGGUGGACUUCUUGGAGGUGGUGCAAACGGGGGACUUGGUGGAGCAGUAGGUGGUCUUGUCAACGGAGUUACUGGCCUUGUAGGCCUUGGUGGUAACGGACAAUUAGGCCAUGCAGUAGGUGGUCUUGUCAAUGGAGUCACUGGCCUUGUCGGUCUUAACGGUAACGGAGGAUUAGGCGGAACAGUUGGUGGUCUUGUCAAUGGAGUUACUGGGCUUGUCGGUCUUAACGGAAACGGAGGAUUAGGCCAUACAGUAGGUGGUCUUGUCAAUGGAGUCACUGGUCUUGUCGGCCUUAACGGAAACGGAGGAUUAGGCCAUACAGUAGGUGGUCUUGUUAAUGGAGUCACUGGCAUCGCUGGUCUUAACGGUAACGGAGGAUUAGGCCAUACAGUAGGUGGUCUUGUCAAUGGAGUCACUGGCAUCGCUGGUCUUAACGGUAACGGAGGAUUAGGCGGAACAGUUGGUGGUCUUGUCAAUGGAGUCACUGGCAUCGCUGGUCUUAACGGUAACGGAGGAUUAGGCGGAACAGUUGGUGGUCUUGUCAAUGGAGUGACUGGCAUCGCUGGUCUUGGUAAUGGUGCUGGAAUUGGGCUCGGAGUCCAAAAAGGCUUCAACGCGGGAGUGAAUGCUGGAGUGAAUGCUGGAGUUGGUGCUGGAGUUGGGGCCGGAUUUGGAGCUGGCAAGAACCCAGCUUACAUUAAGGGAUUCGAUUAUGGUUUCGGUGCUGGAGUUGGGGCUGGUACCAUAAAGAAACUUGGAGGAGGUAAUAUUGCCACAGUUAUUCGUGAUAUCGAACCGGGAUUGCGAAUUAUUGCUGACGAAGAAAAUAUGAUAGAACAGGGUUUCCUUAAUGGAGUUGAAUCAGAACUCAUCGCAGAUAAUUCCAUCAGCUCUGCAUACCAACUUGAUGAACUUGAUAGCGAUAUCAAAGACCAACUCAAUGCAGAAAUAGUGUCUAAACAUCUCAGCUUCAACUAA